AUGGCAGUGUUGGCUGAUGUUGCUGGUAGUGCUAGAGUGGAUGUUGGUGAUAUACUGCACUGUGUUGUACGUCGAGUCACAAGAACUUUGCAGUCAUUAGCUGCUGUUCAUUUGGAAGAGGAAGUAACGAACCCUUUAGUGCGGCAGUGCCUUGCAACAUACUCACAAGACCUUACUACCAUCACACAUAAAUACUUACCUUAUUCUGGGUCUUAUCUCCAUUUACCAAGAUUACCCCGUGUCGAUGAUCUGAAGGAACAAGUUUAUGAAGUGGACACUGACAUUGAACAAGGGGAUCUUGCUAUAUUGACAAAUGGUGAGAAUAUAUUAAAGAAAGGUUACCUCCUGAAGGGUCCAGAAAGUGGAAAUGAGAAGAUAUUUGGCAAUUUCUCUUCCAAGACCUUUAAGAGAAGAUUUGCAUGUCUAAGGCAAGAAGUUGAUGGCACUUACCUCCUUGAAUUUCAUAAAGAUGAAAGAAAACAUGACCCUAAAGGGACUAUUGUGAUGGACUUCUGUACACAAAUAUCCAAAAAUCCACGGCGUGGGAAGUGCUGCUUUGAGUUGCAUAUAUCCGAAUGUGGAAAGUCUGUCAUGUUAUCUGCAGAGAGUGAGGCUGACUUAGAGGACUGGAUGGACAAACUCACUCGAGUUAUUCAUGCUGACAAACCUCUGGAUGAGUCCAGAACAGAAAGAGGUUCAACACCGCCUUCAAGUAAUUAUGGAACAUUACGAGGCUUGGAACAUAGCCUUAAUCCACAGCUGAUUAAAUAUGCCCAUGAGACAGAUUUUUCUAUUGCACAAGCAAGGAGAGAAGACAGACACCAGCUGUUUACCUGUUAUCCAAAUCUUCCGCGCUCUGAGGGUGAGAAUGGCAGUGUAGAACUCAGGGAUGAGAGCCUUAUAUGGCCCUACGAGGAAAAAUUUGGAACUCGUUUUCGAGUUCUUUUUGAGAGUAUUAAGUUUAGACUUCAGGCUCCACUGGAUUCAGGAGAUGGUCCAUUGUCACAGCUGGAACCAUACAUGACAUAUGCCUCUCUGUAUGACGUGACACAAGGCUGCAAGAUCUCGGAAGAUUUUCAUUUCGAUCUUAAUAACCCUAUGAUACGCAGCUUGCUAUCAAAGGCAAAGAAAAAAUCUGAUGACCCGAAAGAUAGCUCAGGAACAUCAUUACCACUAUCACUUGCUGGAGUGCCCGAGGAAUGGAUUGCGCACCCUAAACAGGCUGUUAUGAGUGUGACAAGGCCUCAUAGUGAUGUCUUUCUUGUAAUACGUAUCGAGAAGGUUCUUCAAGGGUCCAUCAGUCAGACUGUGGAGCCAUAUCUCAAGAGUAUGGACUUAAAAAGUAUCCAGAAGCUUCAAAAAAUGAUCAAAACUUGUUGUUGGAGGCUUGGUGAAUUCAGAAUGCCCUUUGGUUGGUGUGCUCGUCCACUGUUUAAGAGCUCUGGGAAUCUUGAUACAGAUUCAGAUUUUUCUCCAAUUUAUCGUUGUGAAGAAAAACGUCUUGGCGAGCUGGAGUUCAUAAAGAUGCUUGCUGAUUUUCGGAAGCCAGAAAAGAUGAACAAAUUAACACUCAUUCCAGGGAAUGUCAGCGUCCAGAUCUUGCCCAUGGAAGUCACAUUACCCAAUUCACUGACUCCUGCUCUGGAGCCAGUCAAACCAUUUCCCAAUCCCCCUACUCAUGAGCCAACAGUGGAAGUGCAAGAGUUUCCAAGCAGCCACAUCGACGACAUCCAUCCAUAUGUGAGCUACUGCAAUCACUUGUAUGUGUAUCCCCACUUCUUGAAUUAUGAGAAUCAGAAGAGUUUCAGUCGAGCCAGAAAUUUGGUUUGCACUGUUGAACUUCGGGACUCUGAUGCAGAAGGUGCUACUCCAUUGCGAGCAAUCUAUGGGCGUCCAGGUUCAGGAACCUUGAUGGCUCAGAUGUCAACGGUAGUACUGCACCACAACACCUGGCCUGAGUGGGGUGAUGAAGUGAAGAUUUUGUUACCUCACAAUCUUACUUCUUUGCACCAUCUUCUCUUUACCUUCUCACAUGUUGCUAUCGAGGCAGCCAAAGCAGGAAAGAGAGAUGUGCCAGUUGAAACAGUGGUUGGAUAUUCAUGGUUACCACUCACAUUAAAAGGAAGAAUUAUCACAGAAGAGCAAAUCCUUCCUGUAGCGUCUCACUUGCCAGCCAAGUACCUCUCUAUUGAACCUCUUGGCCUUGGGAAAGGAUUUGCUGGACCAGAAGUACGUUGGGUGGAUAACCAGAAAAACGUCUUUCGUGUGUCUAUGCGCUUAGUCUCUACCGUUUUAAGUGCAGAUCAACAUCUGCACAACUUCUUUCACUCCAGUGCCUCUCUUCUUCCCCUGGUCAGCUCUUCUGGUGGAGCCUGUGUUGCUUCUAGUCCAAGAUCUUCUCAGCCCAUGGAUGUUGAAACACUUAAGAAUCUAAAAGCCCUGCAUGCUUUGGAAGUUGGAACCAUUAUUGCCUUCCUUCCUACACUGCUUAACCAGCUUUUAGGCGUCCUUCUCAAUGGUGGCCCAGAGGUUGCUACAAAUGUGACGAGGGUAAUGGUUCAUGUUAUUGAUCAAGUGUAUGAGGUGGGCCGGGAUGACAUCCUGCACUCAUACAUUAAGUAUGUCAUGAGUAUCUCGUGCCAUGGUCGCAAGACAAUCCAUGAAGAACUGUGCCACUCUCUCACAGAGCUCCUCCAGCCAUCCAGUAUGGAUCAAUUGAUCACUAAUAAGGUUCUCAGACAUAGCCAAUAUUUCUUUGCCUUUAUUGCCCGCUCCAUGGCUUUACAUUUGCUGACUACAGCAAGAAUCAAGAUGGUACGAAAUGAAAGAUUUAGUGAAGAGUAUCAGACAGAAGUGCGGUCAGUGGUUGAGCUUGUCUCCACUCACAUUAUUCAGAGUUACAAAGAAAGUCCUGUUGAAGCAAGAGCUGCUAACAUUGCCUUGGCCCACUUUCUCAAGCGUUGUCUGAGCAUGAUGGACCGAGGGUAUGUGUUUGGGCUGAUAAAGUUGUACCUGGAACACUUUAGUCCUGGUGAUCCUAUUGUCCUCCAUGUCUACAAGUUUACUCUUCUUCGUGUAGUGUGCUCGCAUGAGCACUUUAUACCUUUAAACCUUCCUGUCUUCAAUACUCCUCUCAGCAUAGAUGCCAAAAAAGCCAAGUUACGUCAUGGUACAGAUGAAUUCUUCCUCAGCACAGACUUCAGUUCUCGGCAUUUUCUUGUUGGUGCCUUGUUAAGUGAAGUUCGUGCUGCUCUUGGGGAAGUGGCAGAAGUGCAGCGAGUAGCCAUUGGUGUACUCCGUGAUUUGCUCGCCAAGCAUGCCUUUGAUGAUCGUUACUUACAGUCUGCUCAGCAAGGAAGAAUUGCCUGCUUAUAUUUUCCAAUAGUCUCGGUUCUGUUGGAGAAUGUGAAGCGACUCAGCUGGCCUUCAGUUCCAUCCAGCUCUACGGGUUCAGCACUGAGGAGAGUUGACCCUCGAGCAAGUGCCAGAGCCCGUAUUGCAAGAUCAGGGGGAGGAAGUAUUGACAUGAGUACCUAUAGCACUCCCUCACGUAAAGGUUCCAGCCGUACUGAUGCCUCAGGUUUCACAGGCCGAGGGGAUUCCUCAUACCUGGCACUUAUUGCUGGACCAGGAGGAAUAAUGACUCACCAUACUAAUCUAGUCAAUGGUAGAUCUAGUUCAAGCCUAGAAUCAGAGGAUCAAGUGCCAUCUGUUGCAAAUUCUGACCUACUAGAGGAAGAAUUAGAAGAUGACACUGCUGAAGAGGGAAGGUGUCAUUCCAGGAAUUUGAGUGUAGCAUUUGCUGGGGAGAGUGGGCCUGUAAGGUAUGACAAACUGUGCCCUGGAGAAGUACGUGAUCUCCUUCUGUGUUUCCUGCAUACACUCAAGCAUGUUCCUGAAGCACAUUUGGUAUCUUGGUGGGCAACACUCAGUAAUGAGGCACUGGGUCACUUCUUCACACUCUUUCAGUUAUGCUUACAUCACUUCAAAUACAGUGGAAAGAGGCAGAUAGUGAGGGAACAGGGACCAAAGAGAGCUUCAACUUUGCCAGCAAAGUUACAGCCUCCCUACUCUAAUAGUAGAAUGUCCACAGCAACCGACAAUUAUAGUGUGAGCAGCCAUGAAGGAGAAGGCUGGUUAAAGGCUCUGCAGGAGGCUAAUCUAGCAACAGAAGUUGGCCUUAUUGUACUUGAUGCACUUGGUAACUUUACCACCCACUGUAGUGACAUCCUUACAUCUGAUGGGGCUGAAGUUAUUAUGCAGCAGGUGUUUUCAUUACAUCUGCUUUAUCUGCAGCUUGGACAGUCAGAGAGUUUAAUGAAGCACGUGUUUGCCUCUCUCAGGGCAUUCAUAAAUAAUUUCCCACGGACCCUCUUCCAAGGUGAUGCUUCACUGUGUGGGUCUCUCUGUUUUGAGAUGCUCAAGUGCUGCAACAGUAAGCUGACCAACCUACGCCAUGAAGCCUGUGCUGUACUUUACCUGCUAAUGAGGAGUAACUACGAGUUCACUAGACGAACGGGCAUCAACAGAGUGCAUUUACAGGUGAUCAUCUCUGUCUCGCAGCUUCUUGGAGAAAUAAUUGGCUUAAAUUAUUCACGGUUCCAAGAAUCCAUGUCUCUUAUCAAUAGUUAUGCAUCUAGUGACAAGGCUAUGAACAAUACAGGAUUUGUUAAUGAAGUAAGGGACCUAACAAAGAAGAUUCGGACUGUGUUGGUUGCCACUGCACAGAUGAGAGAGCAUGAAAGGGAUCCUGAGAUGCUUUGUGACCUUCAGCAUUCUUUGGCUGCUUCAUACGCUGCAACUCCUGAGCUACGUACCACCUGGCUUCAGGCAAUGGCUAAACAUCAUGUCAAGAACGGAGAUCUUUCAGAGGCUGCAUUUUGCCAGCUGCACAUUGCAGCCCUAAUGGCAGAAUAUUUACGUCAUCAAGGAGAAUUCCCUGAAGGUUGCCAAGUGUUCUCCAUCAUAUCAGACAACAUCCCAAAAGAUGAAUCUAACUUGCGGUUAGAUGCUGACGUUGCAUGCAGCUCGCAGACUCUACACUUACACACUGGUUUGGUGGACACUGUGUUUACAAUGGACUCAUUGAUCAAUCAACUGGAGCUUGCUGGUGGGAUGGUGGAACGCUCAGAGCGGUAUGAAUUGCUUGGUAAUCUCUAUCGUAUCCUUAUUCCCAUAUACGAAGCAAGGCGCAACUACUCGGCACUUGUGCAGUGCUAUUCACACUUGUAUCAGGCCUACUCACGCGUGGUAGAAGUUAAUGCUUCACAAAAGAGGUUACUUGGUCGUUACUACAGAGUCGCCUUUUAUGGACCAGUCUACUUUGAAGAGGAAGCAGGGAAGGAGUAUGUUUAUAAGGAGCCAAAAGUGACAUCUUUAGCAGAAAUAUCAGAGCGUCUCUACCAUCAGUAUUGUGAUAAGUUUGGAAAGGAAGCUGUCAAAAUGAUUAUGGACUCCAAUUUUGUUGAAGCAGAUGAGCUAGAAUCGCGCUAUGCAUAUAUUCAAGUCACCCACGUCUCGCCAUACUUCCCAGAGGAGGAGCGAAUCAACCGACAGAAUGAAUUUGAUCGUAAUAACAACAUUAACACAUUUAUGUUUGAAAUGCCAUUUACUCAAGGAGGCAAAGCCCAUGGGAAGUUGGAGGAGCAAUGGAAGAGGAGAGUUAUUCACAAGACUGAUUAUACAUUUCCAUAUGUAAAAAAAAGAAUCCAGAUUGUUGACACAGAGGUUCUGGAAAUGUCUCCUAUUGAAGUAGCAAUUGAUGAAAUGGAAUGUCGUGUUAAGGAACUUCUGGAGAUUAUUAACAAGAAACCGACUGAUAUAAAGAAGCUACAACUUAGACUUCAGGGAAGUAUCAGUGUCCAAGUAAAUGCUGGACCCCUAGCAUAUGCUUCAACUUUCUUAGACGAAUCCCAUUCUGCCUCUUACCCCGUUAACCAGGUUCUACGUCUAAAGGAUGUGUACAGAGAAUUUGUUUGCACUUGCAAGGAAGCUCUGGAUCUGAACAACUCGGUUAUCAAUAGUGAUCAGUAUGAAUAUCAGAUGGCUUUAGAGAGUAACUUUUCUGAGCUCUUGCAGUCACUUUCAUCUAUUCUCAAUGAGCCUCUUCUUGCAGCUCAAGUUGCCAUUGAUAGUGUUUUAAAGAGAUCAUCACAGCAUUACCUUAGCAUGAUAAGCUCACCAGGAGGAGCCAGCAGUGCAUGAAAUUGCAUUGCCAAGAUGUUUAAAGAAGGUAAACAAAUGUUCUUAAAGUUAUUGAAAUUUUUCUGACAAUUUCUUGAGCAUUUGUACACAUGCCUUUGAUAUUCUUAUCAGAGUUGUGUCAAAACUGUUUCAGAUGUUCUAAAGAAUUAUACGAGAUAUUGCAUUGAAUAAUUUAUUUAGAAUAGUGCUAACUUACAACUUUAUCAUAGUCACGUACCUGAACUUCUGCAAAUAGAGUAAUGGCAUUACGAAGAUUUCAUCAUAAUGAAAUAGUUGAAGUCAAAACAAAACACUGGAUACAAACUCUUUUUAUAUGCUGGUGAAUGUAGUUUUUCAAGAUGUCAAAAUAAUGUGCCAUGGAUAAAUAUUUUGUAGAUAGAGCAUUUUUAGAAAUUUGAGUGCCAUUUUUAUCGAGUUUUAGUAUUAUUUGACGUAUCCCGGUGAUUACUUGGCAGGCAUAAAAUUAAAUUUUUAUUGAAUCUCAUACUUGUUGGAAAAUGAAUGGUCUAAUUUUUUAUUGAAUAUUACCAAAUCUUAAAGCUGAAUAAAAAAUGAAAUAAAUAUAUGGUCUGAUAGUUUUAAUGUAUGUGCCUAUAUGUUAGUGUGUAAAUCUUUAUAUGCAGUGGGCUUCUUAUUGGUUAAGGAUGAAGCUCUGAGGCAGCUAGCUAUAUUGUAUUUCAUGGAGCACAAUCUGUGGGGGUUAUUCAGUGCUUGAUCCUCCCCUAAUCGUAGCUGUUCUCUGAUCUGGCAAACAGUUGACGAUCACAGGGCUGAUAAGUGUUAAUUCACGAGAACCCAUUUUUUUUUUAUUGUAAGCAGUCUGAAUUAUUUUGACAUGUAGUAGACUUAAUUUUUUUUACUUCAUUCCCAUUUUGCAUACAGUGAACAAAUAUGAUGACAGCAGCAACAUUUAAUGUAUAAUUAUUAUGUUGUCAUAGCUCUAUGUAAAUGUAAAUUACUGUCUUAAUAGACACUCUAAAAUACAUUAUGUUAUUAAAUUGUACUUAAACUUUUCAAGGUAUUAUCCUGUAACAUCCAUUUAAAAGGAAAGAUUUUUCCCCAAAUAAUGCUAUAAAUACUGUUCUCAAAAAAGUCUGACAUUUGUCUUCUGCUUCCUUAAAGAAUUGUUAUAAUCACAAUUUGUGUGCAAAUUUUGAGAUACAUCAUUAAUAUCCAGCAAGCAUCAUCAAUUACUAUUGAGGGGUAAGACUUAUCAACAGUAUGGUAGAAAGACUGUGUGCAGAGCAAGCCUUUAUAAAACUAAUUUUGUAAUUUUGCUCUGUAGAGCAAAACAAUUUAGUUGGCUUAUUAUUAUUAUAAUCAAAAAGAAGAAAGUUUAGUUGGCUUAAAAAUGUUCCAUUUAUAGCAAAAUAUAGCAUAUAUAUAUAUAUAUAUAUAUAUAAAGGUUUUCUCUGCACAUACCAUAGUGUUUUUCCACCAUUAUGAGUUACUGCAGUUAUGUACAGUACGAUUCUUUGAUACUUCAUGACAGGAUAUAAUUAUUCCAGUAUUUCUUGGUGUAUGCUGUAUCAGUGUGCAUGGAUUGUAAUUUUUAUACAUGUUUGAAAAACACUAAAUCCAUAAUGUACAUUGCAUCUGCCAGAAGCAUUUCUUUAAAAUUCUAUUUGUUUCUUAUUGAAUCUCUUAAUGGCUGCUUUCAAGUCGAAUUUAAUACACAUUUUCCUGAUUGUGUGUUUAAUGGCAUAUAUGAAAUGAUUUACUUGUUUUUAAGUACAGUUUUGACAAUACAUGUAUGAUCUAAAUGAGUCUUGUUUGAAUUUUGAUAUUGACAAUGGCUUUAGUCUCUAGGGGCCUUAAAAAUAUUAAUUGCUAAGGCAUUUAGCAAUAUAUGGAAUAAACAGUUAGGUGAACUGUUACUAUUUUAAUCUGAGAACAGUUCUACAUUAUGCGAAUGAAAUUGUAUUACUUUUUUACAAUUAAAUUUUAAAAAUAAAUGAUUGUGACAUAGUAUAUACUAUAAAUGUUUUACAUGUUCUCAUAGACUAACCAAACAACUGUAUUAAAGUAAAAAGUGAUAAGUAAGCUCUAGUAUUGAAUCUCAUUGCAUUUAUUGUAUGUUGAAUACAUUUUCUCAUGAAAGUAAUUAAUGUUCUAGAAAACCUUUCAGUUCAAUUUAAAUGUUGAUAAUGUUAAAAGUUUUUGAUCUUAAUUUUUUAUGAACCUAAAUGUCUUUGCUUAUAUAAUGGUGCUAUAAACAUGAUAAAAAUUGAUAUACUGAAUGUUGUGCUGACUGUGGUGAUGGUUAUAAGCUCUGGAUGUUUAAUGUGCUGUUUAUGAUCAUAAUGUUGUUCAUUAUAUUUUUAAUAUGUAUUGUGUGUAGGUAUAACAGAAUUGUCUAAGGUGUGCAGGAAAUGUGCUUCACUUUGUCUGUUCACUUCUUUGCUACUCAUUUUAUGUAGCAAAAAAUAUCAGCAUUAAGAUGCACACUGAAAAAUAAAUUUUGGCAAGCAAAGCUUGAAUGUUGCAAUAUGAUACAAUAUAUAAAGAAAGGUUAUAAAUUUUUAAACUUUAUAAGGCAUAUUACAAUAAAAUUAUUUUUAAAUAAUUAUAUAGAGGUGAGUUGUUCAAUGGUCAUCAUUUAAUUAAAAGACUAAAGGUACCAAAGUUAGAUACAAAAAUUAUAUUAGGAAAGUCAUUUCAAGGGAGAUUAAUCCUAAUAUUGUAUAAGGGUUUUGUCUUGAAACAUUAUAUUGGUAUUUGCCUUCCUUGAUAGUAGUAGUUCUAAUAAUUCACAUUAGUGUAUAAUUACCACAUCAACAUUGUAUAUACAAAUGAUUUGAAGGUAUAUUUCUGAUUAAGUGUUCUGCCAGUGACUAAUAGUCUGUUGACCAAGGCAGCUUAGGUGUUUCUAUCUUGGUUGUUUAGUAAGCAACACUUAUGAAUAUAACUUUUUUGGUCGUUCGAAAGUGUAUGGUAUAACAUGAAAUUAAAACAUCUAAAUCAUUCAGAUCUCUAUACUAGACUUUAGUGUGGGAAUACAUUAAAUGCUCAAGUCAUGUUAACAAGGAAGCAUUGAUAUAUGUACUCAUCAGUAACAAAACAGCACAAAAUAAAUAGUCUAAUAAUUCUUGGUCUCUUCACAAGUAAUGAAUGAGAUGUGCACUGGUGGAACUUUAUAAAGUUCUUCAUAAACUGCCUUGCUUAAAAUUAAUGUAGUAGUAGUAUUUUGAAUGCUGAUAGUAUUGGCUUUGCACUCACAUCAGUGCAGUAUUCCUUUUUUUAAUAUCUGUUAAUGUUAGAGUAAUAUACUCAUCAUCAUCAUCAUGCAUUUCUUGAUACAUACUGUUCUUUGAUUUUUCUGUUUCUUUAUAAUUUUCCAUGUUGAAACUCCUGAACCUACAUUAAAUUAAAAAUUGCCACCCAUGAAAACAGAAUUUCGUAGUAACCAGUACUUUAUUUGUAACCCCUUUUGGUAUAAUUCAUCAGAAAAACUUGCACCAAAGAAAUUUUAGCAGAUACAUCUUGUCUUUUCUUCUUUGUUAUUAUACUUUUUAUAGUUUUAUAAAAUAUGUAGAUAUAUAUAUUAAUGUUAGUUAAGAGAAAAAGUAGACUUUUUAACCUUAGCUUGGAGAAAAAAAAUAGAACAAGUACCUUUAUUGUGAAUGCUCGAGAAACUGGCAUAUUUUCAGAUUUUUGGAGAAGCCAACAUGGUCUCGAGUCUGAAGUUGCCAAUUUAUGUAGAUUUUCUGUAAUUAAUAAUUUUAGUUUCUCUAGUUGUUAAACUUGUGCAAAAUCUUUGUUUCUUGGCAAUAAUGAUUUUGCUAGUUUUGUAAAUUUGGACAGUAUUGGUUUUCCUUUAUUUCCUUUAUUAUUCAGUUAUCAAGUGUCUUGCAGUGUUAUCUAUAAAUUUAGCCCUUCUUUGUCUCAUCAGGAAUGCACAAAAUUUUAUUUUUAACUCAUAUUUGUUUAAAAAAUUUUUUUUAUAUUUUUCUUAAUUUUCUUUGUUAUACUAAAGCAGUUGUGCUGCCACUUCAGUCACCAUGAUCCUCAUGGUGAGAUCAGUGGUUAGAUGCCUUCAUGACCCAGUGCAAGACGUAUUGUACCACAACUUGCAGUACAGUAGGGCCUCACUGUACAGCGUUCCGCUAAUACGGACAUUUCAGAUUAUGACCAACACUUGCUAUAUGGCUCCCCUCCACCUGACUUUCUAAUAUGGUCACUGUGCCCAACCCAGUUUGUUUACAUUCUCCAUGAGCUCUGUGUCUCUUCAUUAUGUCUGGAAACUUCCCAAAAUUUCAAGUGUUGUAAAGUUAUUUCAUAUUUUAUAUUCGUACUAUACUCUGACAAUUAUACUUAUGUGUACCUGUACCUAAGUAAAUUUACAUACUGUGCUGGCAUGCAGAUACACAUUAAGUGUGUCUUACGUCUCAAGACGCCAUAUUAAUAAUGAUAAUACUCAAUAAUCACUGAGGCACAUUAACCCUUUGACUGUCGCGGUCGUAUAUAUACGUCUUACGAGGUACCGUGUUUGACGUAUAUAUACUACUCAAAUUCUAGCAGCUUCAAAUCAAGCAGGAGAAAACUGGUAGGUCCACAUGUGAGAGAAUGGGUCUGUGUGGUCAGUGUGCACCAUAUAAAAAAAAAUCCUGCAGCACGCAGUGCAUAAUGAGAAAAAAAAAACUCCAACCGUUUUUAAUUAAAAUGCCGACUUUGUGGUCUAUUUUCAUAUAGUAUUUAUGGUUGUAUUCUCAUUUUCUUGGUCUCAUUUGAUAGAACGGAAAGCAUAUUAUAGAAAUAGACAUGAUUUUGAUUGAUUUUACUAUAAAAAGAAUCUGGAAAUGGAGCUCAAACUAGGGGAAAUGUUUGAUUUUUGCCAAUGUUCAAAAGUAAACAAAUGAUGUCAUUGUCCAAUAAAUGUCCAACUAGCCAUUCUAAUAUGCAGUCAUGAAUGGGUUGAUGUUAUUUAUACAGUUAUUACAGUAUUGCAGUAGUCUGCAUAACAGUAAAUCUUCUAUUUUUUGUUUGAAUAAAAAUUCAAAAUAGAAAGCAAGAGUAAUAUCAGAGGGGCCUGGAGACGUGACUGAUGAACAAAGAAAAUGUUAUUUUAGAGCCAGGAAUGUCUGCAUUGUUCAUUCUGGACCUUAUUUUGAAAUUGUCAUAUUUUUUAAUUUUCGUGAAAUUGGCCAAAUUGCAAAUUUCUGACCACGUUAUUGGGCAGUUGAAAUUGGUAAAUGGGCAGUUUCUUGUACUCAAUCGAUAGACAAAACGGAGUUCUAAAGAAAUAGCUAUGAGUUUGGUUGACUGGAACAAUGGAAUUAGCCGAAAAUAGGGUUCAAAUUGGGCGAAAUCGCUGAUUUGUAAAUAUUGCCGAGGUCGCUAACUUCGUGAGAGCGUAAUUCCGUCAGUUUUCCAUCAAAUUUUGUUUUUUUUAGUGUCAUUACAAUCGGGAAAAAAUUCUCUUAUCAUUUCAUACGAGAAAAAUAAUUUUUUUUUUAUUUUGCGACACCAGGAGACACCUCAGGAUUGGGGGUUGCGACAGUCAAAGGGUUAAAUGUUAUAUUUUACGUUAAUAUGCACAUUUUCACUAAUCCAUCUAUGAUAUUUUUUCAAAAUUAUAUAAUAAGCACUCUACAUAACGUAUAUAUGAUAAAUACACCCUACAGUAGAAUAAAUUAACAUAAAUAUGAGAUGUGGUAGUCAGGCAACUUGUAGGAGUGAUGGCAAGAAUUAAGUUUUCUCUAGUCCAACAUCAGAGAAAAUGUGUACACUAUAGUAUUACUGAGGCUAACAGUAGAAAAUUAUUCCUUUCGUAUGCCUUCACCCAGAGCGUCAUCUCUUACCCUACAUUAAGACUACAAAUAUUUUAAGGCAAGUAAUGAAUGAACUGCUUGUGCAUUUUAUCGCUGUGGGACGCUUUAACCUGUAAACGGUCCAAACGUAUCUAUACGUUCACUACCGUACUGACCCAACUUUUUUGAGAAAAAAAAAAACAUUGUUUUUUAAUUGGAAAAAAGAGCAUAUGGUACCCAGGCAUCCCCAAUUAUUUUAAUAUGGUGCACAGUGAGUGCUCACACCCAUUCUCGCAUGUCUAGGCGACUCAGGCUUAUCGUGGCAAUGUUAAAUGUAGGACACAUAAAACGUAUAUAUACGUUUGGGGCACUAGCGGUAAAAACGUAUAUAUACGUUUGGACCGUUAAAUGUCUAAGUACAUUAUGUGUGGGUGGGGUGGCCUGGUAUGGUAGCCUGGCUGUCAUACCUACCACACCUGAUUUCUUACAAUAAAUACUACUCAUCUCACCCUACAUUAAGACUACAAAUAUUUUAAGGUAAGUAUUGAGUGUACUGUAUGUGUAUUUUACUUUUUUAUUGUUUUAUAAUGCCUAGUUCUAUUGCUAACUUAAUACAUGUUAGUGUACUCUUGUUAUCUUGUAUUUAUAUGCAUUUAUGGUGGAAAAAAAUGGCGUUCCACUUUACAAUGAUAUCCAAUUUACAGCAGGUAGCCUGAAACCUAACCUGCCGUACAAGUGGGGCCCUACUGUACUUGAAUUAUUCAAUGUAUACAUCUGCCUUUAGUUUUCAUUAGUCAUCUCAAAAAUUAAAACCAAGGUCUACUUGAAAAGUGAACAAAGUUUUUCAGUUAUCAAAUGACUUGCUGGUACAGUAUUGUGUCUGCAGCAUACUUGCAAGUUAUACAAGGCAUUGCAUAUCAGAAAAGAGCAAUUGCCACCAUAGCCAAACUCUGGGUUAACGAAUGAAUUGCUUCCUUAAUGCUUCAUCUGUGGGAAAGUGUAGAUAUUGUCUUCUGCAUCUAAGUUAGGCUGAGCCCCUUAAAGAAUCUUAACCUGAGCUUCAUAGCCCCAAUAUCUCCUAUGCCUGUGUUUUUCUCAGUUGAUUCAGUUUGGUGUUUAUUAUGUGCAGUGCAUCGUAUUGAACUUGCCUUUAGUUUUGCUGUCUAAAUAUUAGGAAUGCAUGAAAAAUAAUUUAAUUUGUAGCUCCAUUUCUUCCAUUUUUGCUUUCAUUUUUUAUUUUAUAACUUUUUCAAAUAUGGUAUAUUGAGAACAACCCUGUUGAUACUCCAGUAGCGUGAUUCCACUAAGGCUUUCGGUGUUUUAUUUGUUUUAUAUGAUUUGGAGAAUACACUGUACCUCAAACAACUUCCGUAACUUGAAAUAUUCUGUACAUGUGUACUGUAUGUGUAUAUUUUUUAGUUUUGUUAAUCUUAGAAAAAAAAGCAUCUUAAUGAGCACUGAAAUCAAACAGAUCUGCAGAUUGAACCACAUUAUGCAAAAUAAUUACAAUAUAUUUCAUAAAGCUGUCUGCACUUUUGUAUAAACUCAGUUUCUGUAUACAGUAUAUUAUGUGUAGGAGUUAAACUAAUAUGAAUACUCAGUAGACAAGUUAUAAAAAGUAAAAAAGUCACACUUUGAUGAGACAACUAAAACGGCUAUAAAAAUAAUGUAGUACUCUCAUGAUUGUAGAUGAAUGGUUCAGAGAACCGACACGUUGAUGAAUUAGACACGUGCAACUCUUGGGUAUCUUUAUUGAGGAAAUGUUUCGCCACACAGUGGCUUCAUCAGUCCAUACAUGGGAGAAACUUGAAGAAUAGGAGGAGAAUGAGGUAAUCAGUCCCUCAACCUUGAGUCGAUGUGGUCAGUCCAUCCAUCUUGAAUAGAAUAUGGCAUAUGUGCAGAGAAGCAGUUUAUAAACUGUAGGCAGGAGAGGUGCAGCAGGCGUAGGUGGUGUCAUAUUUGUUCAAUGUGGAAGUAAGUCGUGCCCAAGGGUUAGGCAAGCGAAGAAUUCCCAAGUAUUAAGAUCCCAAGAAGUUGCAGUGUCUGACAGGAUUGUAGAUGAAUGGUUCAGAGAACCGACACGUUGAUGAAGCCACUGUGUGGCGAAACGUUUCCUCAAUAAAGAUGCCUAAGAGUUGCACAUGUGUCUAAUUUAUCAGUACUCUCAUGAUUACAUUGUUGGUGUUUCAUUUGCACCAAGUUAAUAUAAAACUGUCAAAACCAAGAGCUUCUUAGUUAAGUAAAUCUUUUGAUCACUUAUUAAAGUGAAGGUAGCAUUGCUAACAUAAUGCAUCCUAUUCAUGAAUAAAUCUUAUGAAAUUGAAUUUAGAGUACCAGAGAAUACUAUUUCUCAGCUCAUUUUUUUUUUUUUUUAACAAGUCGGCCGUCUCCCAUAAUAACAGUUCCUCUCAACCAUUCCUGCAUAAUUACUGUGUAGAGUAUAGUAUAAUAAAAUUCCAGACACUGGCUGACUUGUAAAGACAUAGAUAGCACUUAAAAACAAAGGAGGAGAAACAGAUGGGAAAAUGGGGGUAGUGGGAAGAUGGAGGGAGUGUUUGAGUUGUUAAAUAUUGAUGAAGAAAGGGAGACAUUGAUUUCAUGCAUUGGAUAGAAAGGUACUGUAUGACAUCUUGAAGGAGUGAAGAAUAGCCAAAUGUGAGUAGAGAAAGUGCAUGAGGCAUGGGAUAGAAUGGAAAUAAGUCACUGAUUUUUUUUUGGUUAUCCUAGGUACUUUACAAAUACAGUGGACCCCCGUUUAACGAUCACCUCCCAAUGCGACCAAUUAUGUAAGUGUAUUUAUGUAAGUGCGUUUGUACGUGUAUGUUUGGGGGUCUGAAAUGGACUAAUCUACUUCACAAUAUUCCUUAUGGGAACAAAUUCGGUCAGUACUGGCACCUGAACAUACUUCUGGAAUGAAAAAAUAUCGUUAACCGGGGGUCCACUGUAUGCUGCUAUGUAUGAUAAUCUAGAUAAUCUAUGUAACUGUAUUUGUCUAUACCUGAAUAAACUUACUAAAGGGGGUAAAGCAACUGGGAUAGAUGAGAUCAAGAUAAAAAUGUUGAAAGCAGAUAUUGAUAUAAUUUUGUAGUGGUUGGGCAGCGCUGUAUGUUCCUUGUGGGUUUAUCGCUUGGUUUUGAUUAUAAUAAUACAGUGGACCCUCGACAUUCGAUACUAAUCCGUUCCUGAGAGCUAUCGAAUGCCGAAAAUAUCGAAAGUCGAAUUAAUUUUCCCCAUAAGAAAUAAUGGAAAUCAAAUUAAUCCGUGCAAGACACCCAAAAGUAUGAAAAAAAAAAAAUUUACCACAUGAAAUAUUAAGUUUAAUGCAAUAGAAUAAUAACAAUAAAGUAACUGACACUUACCUUUAAUGAAGAUCUGGUGAUGAUUGAUGGGAUGGGAGGAGGGGAGUGUGUCGAAGUUGUUACUGUUUAGAAGGGGAAUCCCCUUCCAUUAGAACUUGAGGUAGCAAGUCCUUUUCCGGGGUUACUUCCCUUCUUCUUUUAAUGCCACUAGGACCAGCUUGAAUGUCACUGGACCUCUGUUGCCAUUCCUUUAAGAUUUGUCUAAAAUGGGCCAUAACAUUGUCAUUGUAAUAGUCACCAGCAUGGCUUGCAAUAGCUGUGGUAGGGUGAUUUUCAUCCAUAAAGGUUUGCAGUUCAACCCACUUUGCAAACAUUUCCUUAAUUUUUGAAGUAGGCACAAUGGAGUCCACAACUGGCAUAGGUUUCUCAGGGUUAGCCCCAAACCCUUCAAAAUCUUUCUUAAUUUCCAUACUAAUUCUCACCCUUUUUACCACAGGGUUGGCACUAGAAGCUUUCUUGGGGCCCAUGGUGACUUAUUUUGCAGAAACAAGCACCAAAAACAGUGAUAAUAUGGAAUGUAUCGAAUGUAUCCUUAGAUGCAUGCACACUGGCUGGCUUGUAAACACUGGCACACAUGGGGCAGUUCAGGCCACACGUGGACACGUCUCGUACGAAUCGUAUCGAAUAUCGGGUUUUCCAUCGAAUGUCGAGGCAAAAUUUUUGCGUUAAAAUGCAUCGAAUGUCGGAUUUAUCGAAUGUCGGUGCCAUCGAAUGUCGGGGGUCCACUGUAUAGUAGUUGGUAUAUAUGUUAAAUACAGUGGACCCCCGCAUAACGAUCACCUCCGAAUGCGACCAAUUAUGUAAGUGUAUUUAUGUAAGUGCGUUUGCACAUGUAUGUUUGGGGGUCUGAAAUGGACUAAUCUACUUGACAAUAUUCCUUAUGGGAACAAAUUCGGUCAGUACUGGCACCUGAACAUACUUCUGAGUGAAAAAAUAUCGUUAACUGGGGGUCCACUGUAUAUGCAUGAAAGGGAGAGAAUGCCCAUAGAUUAGAAGAAAGAAUUCAUAGUUCUUUUGUAUAAGGGGAAAGGGGAUGGAUAAAAGUUUAGGAACUAUAGGAAAAUAAGCCUGUUGAGUAUAGUAGGUAAAGUGAAUGGUAGAGUUAUUAUUGAAAAAAUUAAGGGAAAGACAAAGUAAGACUGCAGAGAAACAAGGUUUUAGGAAUGCUAGGGGAUGUGUAUUCUUAGUUUUUGCAUUGAAACAAGUUAAGACUAAUUAGAUAAAGGUAAGGAACUUUUUUGUUUUAUGAUAGAAUGUAAGUGUGGGGGAGGUACGUGAGGCAUUACGUAGAAUGAAAGGGGGUAAAGCAGCUGGAACUGAUGGGAUCAUGACAGAAAUGUUAAAAGCAGGGGGGGAUAUAGUGUUGGAGUGGUUGGUACUUUUAUUUAAUAAAUGUAUGAAAGAGGGGAAGGUACCUAGGGAUUGGCAGAGAGCAUGUGUAGUCCCUUUAUAUAAAGGGAAAGGGGACAAAAGAGAUUGUAAAAAUUAUAGAGGAAUAAGUUUACUGAGUAUACUUUGCUCACACUCCAACAGCACAUCAAGUAUUAAUAACCAUUUGUCUCCAUUCACUAUCAAACACGCUCACGCAUGCCUGCUAGAAGUCCAAGCCCCUCGCACACAAAACCUUUACCCCCUCCCUCCAACCUUUCCUAGGCCGACCCCUACCCCGCCUUCCUUCCACUACAGACUGAUACACUCUUGAAGUCACUCUGUUUCACUCCAUUCUCUCUACAUGUCCGAACCACCUCAACAACCCUUCCUCAUCCCUCUGGACAACAGUUUUGGUAAUCCCACACCUCCUCCUAACUUCCAAACUACGAAUUCUCUGCAUUAUAUUCACACCACACAUUGCCCUCAGACAUGACAUCUCCACUGCCUCCAGCCUUCUCCUCGCUGCAACGUUCAUCACCCAUGCUUCACACCCAUAUAAGAGCAUUGGUAAAACUAUACUCUUAUACAUUCCCCUCUUUGCCUCCAAGUUCUUUGUCUCCACAGACUCCUAAGUGCACCACUCACCCUUUUCCCCUCAUCAACUGUGACAACUGUGAGAACUCCCACUUUAUGUGUGAUUCUUUAUCUUUUAACUCCACGCCUCUUGCCAAGACCCUCGCAUUUACUUCUCUUACAACCCCAUCUAUAAAUAUAUUAAACAACCACGGUGACAUCACUCAUCCUUGUCUAAGGCCUACUUUUACUUGGAAAUAAUUUCCCUCUUUCCUACAUACUCUAACUUGAGCCUCACUAUCCUCGUAAAAACUCUUCACUGCUUUCAGUAACCUACCUCCUACACCAUACACCUGCAACAUCUGCCACAUUGCCCCCCUAUCCACCCUGUCAUAUGCCUUUUCCAAAUCCAUAAAUGCCACAAAGACCUCUUUAGCCUUAUCUAAAUACUGUUCACUUAUAUAUUUCACUGUAAACACCUGGUCCACACACCCCCUACCUUUCCUAAAGCCUCCUUGUUCAUCUGCUAUCCUAUUCGCCAUCUUACUCUUAAUUCUUUCAAUAAUAACUUUACCAUGCACUUUACCAGGUAUACUCAACAGACUUAUCCCCCUAUAAUUUUUGCACUCUCUUUUGUCCCAUUUGCCUUUAUACAAAGGAACUAUGCAUGCUCUCUGCCAAUCUCUAGGUACCUUACCCUCUUCCAUACAUUUAUUAAACAAAAAUACCAACCACUCCAACACUAUCCUCCCCUUGCUUUUAACAUUUCUGUCAUGAUCCCAUCAGUUCCAGCUGCUUUACCCCCUUUCAUUCUACGUAAUGCCUCAUGCACCUCCUCCACACUCACAUCCUGUUCUUCUUCACUCCUAAAAGAUGGUAUACUUCCUUGGCCAGUGCAUGAAAUUACCGCUUCCCUUUCUUCGUCGACAUUUAGAAUUUCCUCAAAAUAUUCUCGCCAUUAUUAUUAUAAUCAAAUAAAGUGUUAAACUGAGAAGGGUCAUGCAGUGCUGCAUGGCAGAAAAUAGUGCCAGGGCUAUAAACAGCUAGGUGGAGAGGGGAUCAGAGGUGAGGGGAGAAAAGGGCUGGAAGGGACACUAAGGGCUGUGUGUCAAAGCUUGUAUAGUAAAGCAGUUACUGACAAAGUCAAAAAGUGAUCAUAAGUCAAAGGCAGGGCCAGAUGGGUAGAUAGAGAAGUGAUGUGGCAGAUGUUGCAAAUGUAUGGAAUGGGUUGUAUGUUACUAAAGGCAGUCAAGAGUUAUGUGGAUAGUGAUCCCCUCAUGUUAGGGCAUGUAGGAAAGAUUAUUUUCUAGUAAAAGGAUGUGUGAUUGCACAUCCUUUUACUGGAUUGCACCAUGAGUACUUAACAUAUUUAUAGAUGGGGUUGUAAAAGAGGUAAACACUACUUGACUCACAAAAUAGUAAUGACACGAAUGACGGCAUUGAGGGGACUUGAGCUAGAGUUCGUCACGGCCACGCUAGCUGGAGAUUCGUCUGUAAAAACUUGCAUUUGUGGUCACAGUGGUGCCUAUGCUAACCUUCCUAUGGUGUAGAAAUAUACCUAGUUGGACGAAUCUUAUUGUGGCUAGCUGGUCCAGUGGCUAAUGCGACGGUCUGGAGUUUUGAGACUCUCUGACCGCGGGUUCAAUCCCGCCCGUGGUAUGGUAGAUAAACACUAAGGGGAUGGGGCAGAGUGAAGGAUUAAAAGAUACUCAGCAACUAAUUUCAUACAUAAUGGGAAUUGUCACUUUUUUUACUGAUAACAAGGUUCUUUUGGAAGAUUCUGAAGAGAAGUUGCAAAGCUUGUUGGAGGAAAUUUUUAGUGUAUAUAAAAGAAGGAAAUUAAAGAGAAUAUAAAAAAGCAUGAGGUGUUGAGGGUAAGAAAUCUAGGUGGUAAGAGACUGGAUAUCAGAUAGGAAGAAGUAUGGAGGAAGUAAAUGCGUUCAAAUAUUUGGGGAUGAACCAUACAAUUGUUUAGGGGAAAGAAAGGUGGACAUUGCAAUGCAGCAUCGAUGGAGACAAAACUUCAUUGUAGAAAUGGAAGGCAUUCAGAUUCCAUCAAUGGAACUGAAGAUAUGGGAAGUACAAUGCUUGCAUUCUUAAAGGAGUGGGUGGGGAUUUUUGCAGUUUAAAGGGCCAUCUGAGUUGUCAGCAUGCUGAACUCUAGAAACAAGUCUUGGUCCAUACCUCUGCACUUUCUCUAGUUUCUUACAAUGCUUCCUUGGGUGUGGGUUCCAUACGGGUGCUGCAUACUCUGGCAAGACAGUGAUUGAAUGAGUAAUGGUGAUACUGUCUUCAUUUUUGGAUCACCCUACCUCUGUUGGAGAUAGCUGCCGUGUUAAAAAAAAAAAAAAAUAUUAAAAAUCAUGUAAAAUGUAACAUGUGUUUUGCAGCAGCAUGCCAUUCCUUUUUUAAAUUCUGUGAAGCUAACAUUUUAGGGCCACUGUGUAAAUACUAUAGGAUAUUUUCACUGUCGGUCAUAAUCAUGUACAUUUACAUUAUAUUUUUUGUGAAUUCACGUUUAAUUUUUAAUAUGACAAACAGAUAAACCUUAUCAGUAUAAGGUUAACAGGAAUUUUAUUGACAGUCUUUGGCUUGCAAAAAUAAUCUUGCAGUUUUGUUCAUUGUAUGCUUUAAAGACAUGUGUCUGUAGCAUCAGAAUCAGUUGGCUUAAAUAUUUUCAGUUCAUAAAAGGCAGUGUAUUCAAUAUUUGAAAAUUAAUCACUACAUUUCUUUGUAGUGCAUAACUGCACAUGAAUAAAGAAAGUAUGGUACAAGUGACUCUGAAGUGAAUUUAUUUAGAAUAUGGAUUGUUGAUUUAGUUAAAUAUUAUUGUUAGACAUAAAAUGUUUGUAUUUUGAUAGUGUAUUUAUGGCCUUACUGCAUUGUCUUAGAAAUACAUUUGCAUAAGUUGUAUGAACUUUGAAAAUUAUUUGAUGUACAAUUAGGCUUAUCCUGCUAAUAAGGUGCAGCUUUAUGUAACUAGCUAUUGGCUAGUGUAUAUUACAGUGGAUUAGAAUGCUCACCUACAUGUGGCUGCAGGCCCUGGCAUCACCUCUCAACUUGCCAGAUUCAUAUUUACCUGUCUUCAUGGGCCCUAUCGUACCUAUUCUUAAAACUAUGUAUGAAGUCUACUUCCACCACAUAUUCAAAGUCAUUCCACUUCCCAACUACCUUAAGACUGAAGACAAUACUUACUAACAUUUCUGUGACUUGUGUGUCAUUAGCUUCCAGCUGUGCGCCGAGUGUUUCUCGCCUCUCAAACAGCCUGUCCCUGUCUGCUCUAUCAGUUCGUCUUAGUAUUUUGUAUGUUAUCAUGUCUUCUCUGGUCCUCCUCCCUUCCAGAGUUGUUAAGAUUCUUUUAGCCAUUCCUAGUAGCUCGUACCCCUGAACUCUAGAAAAGUCUUGGUCCAUACCUCUGCACUUUCUUUAGUGUCUUACAAUGCUUCCUUGGGUGUGGGUUCCAUACGGGUGCUGCAUACUCCAAGAUGGACUCAACAUACUGCACACUGUAUAAAGCACCUUGAAGGACUUUGUUGUAUUACCUUGUAAUUUUUUUUUUAACACAUUUUUUGAACCACAAACAAUUGCUACUUAAACUAAAAUUAAGUCUUUUGCAGUUUUUAGUUUUUAUUAUUUUUUCCAUCUAAUAUUAAAAAAUUUGACAAGACUGUUUUCAGUAACUCCUUAAACAAAAAAUUGUGCCAGGCAGUAAUCAUAUAUUUUUACAUUGUCAAAACAGUCUCCCACUAAGAUAUAUACACAUUUUGGUAACAAAUGAUUAUUGAUAAAAUACUGUAAAGAUGUCCCUGACUUUAUGCAAUAAAUACAUUCCGAUCUCAAGGCAGCUGCACUAAGCUCAGUCGACACUGGAUUCUGUGCUAUACGAUUCAUACAGCUUUAGCUUGUGUUUUAAUGCAUAAUAAUUUAAUUUUCCACAGUGAGAAUGUUCAAUACUCCUUGUAAACUUCACCUAUCACAUACAGUGAAUGUACAUUGCACACAUGGAACUAAUGCUAGAAAAGACAUCCUGUGUAGGUAUUUCUUAUAAAAUGGAGGAAACCUGUAUUCUAAAUUAAAGUUGCAGGCAUUUAGUACAAAGAAUAGAGUCUAUAGUAGAGAACUAGCUACACCAAAAACUCUGGCAGAAACCUUUGCCCUAGUUUGUUGCUUACCAGCCAACAGUGUCAGAAUGAUAAUGGUAAUAAUAAUAAAUAAAUAAAUAAAUAAAUGAUUAAUAAAAAAAAACUAGUAAUUUGGGAUUUUGUAAUUCUCGAGCACCUAUUCUUUCAAAAAAAAUUCACAAGUGCUCGCAUAUCAGAUCAUAAAUACAACUGCAAGAAAAAAAAGAAUACUAAAGUUCAUAUUAAAGAAUGAUAGUAUUAUCAUUAGGAUUGAAAGCUCUAGAAAAGAGGUGUGUUUUCAACUGAGACCUGAGAGCAUAAAUGAAUUUUUGACUCCAGACACGUUUACCAUGUGUAACUGACUAUUGCUUCACUGAGUUACUUAUUAAAAUGCAGUAUAAAAUACAGUAUACAUUACUAAUUUUAAAAAGAGAAACUUUCAUUUUUCUUUUUAGGUUAUCCUGCCUUGGAAUGUGUAUAUAUUUUUGAGACACCCUGUGUGGUUAUGGAUACUAAAAUAUACAGAUUCAGUACUUAAAACUAUAGCAAUGGAGUUAGGAAGUCAUCUCACCAGUUUAUUAAAGGUAAAGAGGUAAGGCCCAGGAGCUGCAGCUCCCACCCUGCACACUUAAAAGGUGUAUUAACAAAGACACAUGCACAUACCAAUAAGUAAUGCAUAUUUUUCUUACAUCCACAGUAUAUACCAUAGUGUAAUAUGUAAUGCUGAUUGUGUCAUUGUAGAUGUAAAAUUUAGUUGGACAGUUUAUGUACAGUAUAUAUUUUUUGGUAUGGAAGAAAUGGUCUGUUAUGUUUUGCUUGCAUACUUACAGUAUUAAUUCUGAAGAUUAUAAUAGUACUUUAAGAGUGAACAAUGUAGUUUAAGAUUUAUUGAGAGUUUACAAUACUCUUGAUUCUUCUCAUACAGUUAUGUGCAAUAGGGAUCCCGAUAUGUUAUAGCAAUGCAUUGCAUCCAUGACUUUUUAGUAUUCUUCUUAUUUGUGGAUCAUGAGUUACAGUCAAGAAGGAAUGGUUUGUUUUGGAUCAUGUAAUAAAAGAUAGGCUGUGGUAGUGUCUGAAAGCUGCUCUUUUUUCAUUCUGUGAUGCUUUUAAAAAAUGUGCAUUAAGUCUUACUGUGAUGUGUGUAAAAUCCUCUUAUUUUUAUUCUUGCUGUGACUUGUGUGAAAAAUUAUUCAUUCUAGUAUUGCUGUGAUGUGUAUGUGUGAAUUUUUUUCAUUUUACUUUGCAAAGUUUUGUAAUAAUGAGCCUCAUCUUUCACCAACACUAAAUAUUCCUGUAGUAUCCAGUAGCUGUUAUCUUCACUUUAUCUAAGACUAAAAGUAAUUGGGGGCAACUCAUUGUAGUUAGCUUUGGCAAAUCUUAAAGACAAUGAAGAAUUAAUAAAUACUUUUGCAGUUUACUUAUAAAAUACAAUGAAUUUGAUUAAAACCAAAGUAACUGGGGGUGGGGAUGUUCAGUAAGUAAAAAUCCGAUAAAUUUACAUCUAACUUUUGCCCAGAAAAUUAUUUUUAUAAGCAGGGGAGGGUAACCUCUUGCUCUAUUUAGCCAUAAACUGAACAUCAUGCUUGUAACAGCAGUUCUAUUAGUGGCUCUCUCCAUUCAAUCAGUCAAUCAAUCAAGUUUAUUCUCUAUAAGGAUUACAAUGCGGGGUUUACAGAUUUUGGAUAUUGUGUGGUUUACAUGUUUUAAAAUACUAAUUACAGAGGGGGCCACUAGGACACCUAGCAUGGCUAGGCAUUUCGGGCAGACUUAGAUUAAUUUUAAACUUUAAAUUAUUACAGAUUAUGGUAUUAAGGCUAAGUGACUACAUUAUAGUUUGUAAGUUUAGCAAUGUGAAUGCGUUUGUUUUGGCACAAUACAUAGUGUCUAUAUUGGAGUAUCAUAGGCAAGCUUAUGACUAGUAAAAUGACUAUAGUAAAAUCUGAAUUCAGUAUUUAUCCUUUAAUCAUUGGCUGUCUCCUACCAAGUUAGGAUGAACCACAAAAGGAAACAUUCACCAUCAUUAAACAAAGCAUGUAUGUACAGGAUAUAUUAAUCUUUUCGCUACCUCAGUAUACAAUAGUGUAUAUAACUGUACAAUGUACAGGUGUCUUUUUUACAUAUAUUCAUUUCAGUCAGGCAAUCAGCACUUUUUUAACACCAGCUGCCUCCCAUUGUGGCAGGGUGCCCUAAAAAUGAAGAAACAUGUCCACCAUCACACACUCCAUCACCAUCUUGCCAGAGGUGUGCCAACACUACAGCUCAAAUUACCCUCCAAUAUGUAGUAUCUCCACCUCUUCUCCAGAGUGCAGGCAUUGUACUUCCACCUGCAGGACCAUCUAACCAGUUUCCCUGAAUCUCCAUAAAUGUUACCUUGCUUACACUCCAACAACACAUCGUCAUAAAAACAACUUGUCUUUCCGCACUCCUAUCUAACAUGUUCACACAUGCCUGUUAGAUGUCCAAAUCCCUCGCAUAUGAAAUCUCCUUUAUGCCUUUCCCUCCAAUCUUCCUUAAGGUGACUCCCUUCCCUCCCUCCCUUCCACUACAGAUUUAUACUCCUUCCAAGCCAUCUUCUUUUGCUCCUCUCUUUCUAAAUUUCCAAAUUGCCUUAGUAACUCCUAUGACACUUAUAACUAUUCUGCAUAAUAAGACUUCAUUACAUUUUGCACCCUUUAGUUAUGUUCAGUAAAAGAAUAUUACACCUUUGGAAUUACCAAAAAAAUGGACAGCAUAUAGUAGCAAAUUUGUGUAAAGCCACAUAAGAAGGAAGCCUGUAUACAGUUGUACUUAGACCUACAACUUCCUAACUUACAAAUUUCCAAACAUACAAUCCCAUAAAAUUAACACCCAUGCUCCAGCCUAUACUGCAGAUUUUUAGACUUGCUACUCAAAGUUUAGACUUUUACAAAAAUUUUCUAACAAUCUUUUACAUUGAGUCCUUAGUGAUAUGUUAGCUACUCAACAUGCCAGGUUCCUAUGGUAAAUUUACUACAACCCACACCCAAAAUGCUAAGUUACUAAGUAAACAGUGAAGAAAUUAAAUACAAGUACUCUAGUAUGUAUAGUGUUUCUUAUUUUUUAAUAAAAUGUUAAUUUUCUUGUUAUAAAGUUCGUAAAUGCUCUGAUAGCUCAAAUUUUAGCACUCCAUGUUGUAAUGGUUUUGUGGCUUAAAUUAUGUUUCUUAAUAGUCUGUCAUAAUGCCCUGGUAGCUGGAAUCUUUUUAUAUAACAAUCUAUAGUAAAAUAUUUAUUUACCUAUUUUAUUUUUUUUAUAUUUUUAAUGUUUUCUAGUAUGUUAUUUGAUGUCUCUUAUAAUAAAAUCAAAAGAAUCGUGACAAAAGAGUUUAAAUAUUGAAAAAUGGGUCUGAACCUUGAGCUCACCCUAUACUUUUUAAGUUAUAAUCAAAUCAGCUUAAGAUUUUUCAGCUUGUGACCAAUUUUAGGGAAAGCAUUAGUUCAUAAACCAGAGGUACACCUAUGUUUUAUGUUUGUCAUGAUUUUUUUUUUUUAAAGCAGAAACGAUCAAACUAUGCUCCUUAAAAUAAAUUUCAGUUUUUUUGAGAACACUGUCUUAUUAACUGAUACAGUGUAUAUUUUUGUGAAUUAACAUGGUGAAAAUUUCGUACCAAAACUGGCUUUUCAAAAAUUACCUCUUACAACAUUUAAUUUAAUAUUACUAAACCUAUUUCAGGUCAGCAUACAUUUAGUCAUGGGUUUCUUCUUUUUUCAGUGGGAGGCGACCGGUGUGUUAAAAAUAUUUACUAUACUAACCCAUUGCUACCGGCAUUUUAGUCGCUUCAUACGACAUGCAUGGUUUACGGAGGAAAGAUUCUUUUCCACUUCCCCAUGGAGAAGAGAAAAUAAAGAACAAGAACUAUUAAGAAAUAAGAAGAAAAACCUAGUUGUGUACUCGCCUAAUUGUGGUUGCAGGGGUCGAGACUCGGCUCCUGGCCCCGCCUCUUCACUGAUCGCUACUAGGUCCUCUCCCUCUCUGCUUCCUGAGCUUUGUCAUACCUCUUCUUAAAACUAUGUAUGGUUCCUGCUUCCACUACUUCACUUGCUAGGCUAUUCCACUUCCUGACGACUACGACUGAAGAAAUACGUACUUCCUAAUGUCCCCGUGACUCAUCUGAGCCUUCAGCUUCCAGUUGUGACCCCUUGUUUCUGUGUCCUCUCUCUGGAACAUCCUAUCUCUGUCCACCUUGUCUAUUCCCCACAGUAUCUUGUAUUUCGUUAUCAUGUCUCCCCUGACCCUUCUCUCCUCCAGUGUAGUCAGUCCAAUUUCCCUCAACCUUUCCUCGUACAACAUUCCCCUGAGCUCUGGGACUAGCCUUGUUGCAAACCUUUGUACUUUCUCUAACCUCUUGACGUGCUUGACCAGGUGUGGGUUCCAGACUGGUGCUGCAUACUCCAGUAUGGGCCUAACAUGCACAGUGUACAGUGUCUUGAACGAUUCCUUAUUAAGGUAUCGGAAUGCUAUUCUCAGGUUUGCCAGGCGCCCGUAUGCUGCAGCAGUUAUUUGGUUGAUGUGUGCCUCCGGUGAUGUGCUCGGUGUUAUGGUCACCCCAAGGUCUUUCUCCCUGAGUGAGGUCUGUAGUCUUUGUCCACCUAGCCUAUACUCUGUCUGUGGUCUUCUUUGCCCCUCCCCAAUCUUCAUGACUUUGCAUUUGGCAGGGUUGAAUUCGAGAAGCCAGUUUCUGGACCACAUGUCCAGCCUGUCCAGGUCUCUUUGCAGUCCUGCCUCAUCUUCAUCCAAUUUAAUUCUUCUCAUCAGCUUCACAUCAUCUGCAAAUAGGGACACUUCAGAGUCUAUUCCUUCCAUCAUGUCAUUCGCAUAUAUCAAAAAUAUCACUAGUCCUAGAACUGACCCCUGUGGGACCCUGCUCGUCACAGGUGCCCACUGUGAUACCUCUUCACGUACCAUGACUCGUUGUUGCCUCCCUGAUCCAGUGCAGUGCCCUCCCUGUUAUAUGUGCCUGAUCCUCCAGCUUCUGCACUAAUCUCUUGUGGGGAACUGUGUCAAAGGCCUUCCUGCAGUCUAGGAAAAUGCAGUCAACCCACCCCUCUCUCUCUCGUGUCUUACUUCUGUUACCUUGUCAUAAAACUCCAGCAGGUUUGUGACACAGGAUUUGCCUUCCAUGAACCCAUGCUGGUUUUCAUUUAUAAUCUUGUUCUGUUCCAGGUGUUCCACCACUCUCCUCCUGAUAAUCUUCUCCAUGACUUUGCACACAAUACAUGACAGACACACAUGUCUGUAGUUUAGUGCCUCAUUUCUGUUUCCUUUCUUAAAUAUGGGGACUACAUUUGCUGUCUUCCAUUUCUCAGGUAGUUGCCCAGUUUCAAGGGAUGUGUUGACGAUUGUGGUUAGGGGCACGCACAGCAUCUCUGCUCCUUCUCUAAGGACCCAUGGGGAGAUGUUGUCCGGUCCCAUCGCCUUUAAGGUAUCAAGGUCACUUAGCAGCUUCUUCACCUCUUCCUCGGUUGUUUGUAUGUCAUCCAACACUUGUUGGUAUAUUCCCUCUUGAUGUUCCCUUCUGUGCUGUCUUCCCAGAGCCCUUCCUGUCUCUACUGUAAAAACUUCCUUAAAUCUCCUGUUUAGCUCCUCACAUACCUCCUGAUCAUCUCUUGUGAGUUCUCCACCUUCUGUCCUCAGUCUGAUCACCUGGUCUUCGACUGUUGUCUUCCUCUUGAUGUGGCUAUACAACAGUUUCGGGUCAGUCUUUAUUUUCGAUGCUAUGUUAUUUUCAUACUGUCGCUGGGCCUCCCUCCUUACCUGUGCAUACUCGUUCCUGGCUCUGCGACUAAUCUCCCUAUUUUCAUGUGUUCUCUGCCUUCUGUACUUUUUCCAUUCUCUAUUGCACUUAGUUUUUUGCCUCCUUACACCGUCGGGUAAACCAGGGGCUUGUUCUGGUCUUCCCAUUGUUUCUGUUGCCCUUGGGAAUAAACCUUUCCGCUACCUCCUUGCAUUUUGUUAUGUAUUCCAUCAUUUCAUUUACUGGCUUUCCUGCCAGUUCUCUGUCCCACGGAACCUCCUGCAGGAAGUUCCUCAACCCUAUGUAGUCCCCUCUUUUAUAGUCUGGCUUUUCCCAUUCAACUCCUGUUACUCUCUCCACUUGCAACUCUACUAUGUAUUCAAAGCACAGAACAUGUAUGUAUAUACAUGCAUGUGCAUGCCUGUGUAGUGUGACCUAAGUGUAAGCAGAAGUAGAAAGAUAUAUCUAUUAUCCAGCGUGUUUAUGAGACAGAAAAAAGAACCAGCAAUCCCACCAUCAUGUAAAACAGUUACAGGUUUCUGUUUCACACUCGCUUGGCAGGACGGUAGUACCUCCAUGGCUGGGAUUCAGGGAAACCGGCAGGUCGGACCCGAGUCCUGGAGAUGGGAAGUACAGUGCCUGUACUCUGAAGGAGGGGUGUUAAUGUUUGUUUUAUAACUGUAGUGUAAGUGCGCCUCUGGCAAGACAGUUAAGCGAAUGAUGGUGAAAGUUUCUUUUUCGGGCCACCCUACCUUAGUGGGAAACUGCCGGUGUGUUUAUUAAAAAAAUAAAUUUAACUUCAAAAAGCUACAGUACUGUAUUUAAAUUUUGCAAUGUUAUUGAAAUGAAUUCACACUCAACUGAUUUGACAAAAUAAUCUAUUUUAUAAGCUAUGGUUGCAAACUCUGCAUAAAGAGCAUGACAUAUUUACAUAGUGUGUACAGUCACAAUGUUAGGCUUUUCCAACAUAACUGUUAAAGUUCCAAGUAAUUCAGCCAGAUUUUAUGCUAUUCUGUAUGGUACUGGAUUGCUGCAGUGAUAGAUUAAUUUUUUAGGCACUGUACCUACAAUGAUUGAUACAGAUGGCUUAUUACCUGUGACUGUAGUAUUAGUGUUCACCCUUCAAAAAAAUGGGGUGCCUUUAUAAUAGUGAAGGGUUCUUGAUUCAAGGAAUUGGGCCUACCUUUCCUUAAAUCAAACCUGAUUUCAGUGUCUCCUAUUCCCCAGGUGCUGUAUGAGCCAAGUGGGUUUAGGGCUUCCCCAUGAAUAAUAUUUGUGCUCAACUGUGCACCAUCACCAAUCUGUAUGUACUAGAUAUAUACAAGAGAAAUGCUCAAUUCACUGUUUGAUAACCUCUAUUCUGCAUGUUAUUUUUGCUAUGAUGUCAUUUGUGUAUGUGUAACUUACCCAUGUAUUAGUGCUCUGCUAUUUGCUACUUUGUUUUUAUUUUUUUAUAAAUUUCCAUGUACUGUGUUGUAAUUUGGAGACUUGUAUUAUAGUAAAGCACUGAAAGUUCAGGUUGAUUAGAGCCAGAGAUAUUCUCCACUUAUUAUCCAUCCUGCCGAACUGCCUGUAGAAAUCCAAGACAAAAUUUCAAGAAGUAAUUUCCAAGACAACAUAUUAUAGUACAAAUCAAAUACCAUAUGAAUGUCUGAAUACUAAAACUUUUAAAUUUACUGAAGUAUCAGAGUCCAAACUUUCAGUGCUUAACUGUGUACUCAUCAUUACUCAGACUACCAGUUGACUCAGCAGCUGCUACAGGUUAUGUAGCUUAGGUAUUAUGUUACCAGCAGACUUAUCAGUAUAUAGAACUAAUGAGCAUAUACUCUGUUAGACUCAAUUGGAUAUAUUAGACUUAAUAUACUGGUACUGGCAUAAUGCUGAAAAUAAAAUUUAUUCAUAUUCCCAUACUUUCAAAUUUAAUAACUGUUAGAUCUGCAUAACCGAAGCCCUAUUUCCUUUGUACAAGUUAAAUGCCAUGUCAGUUUUAGUGCCUCGAGUUUUGAUGCAGCUAAUCUAGAAAUUCAAUAAAAUUUAUUGUUAAA